AUGGCGAACAAUUUGCUGAAAGAUAUGGGCAAUAAAGAAAGCUUGAAUUCUGCUGAGAACGAUGCCAGUUCGGCUGUUGUCGAGAGCAGCGAAGCCAACCGAAUUCAAGAGCGUGCUAGUAUUGCAGGUAUGGAAUUAUGUGUUGGUGUAUUAUGACUUUAAAACAUUGACUGUGGGUUUAUAGCUGGGGGAAUAUAUUCUAAUAUGUUUAGGGAACUUUCGUUUGUGUAGGGUGUUGUAUUUUUCUCCGUAGCUAAUUUGUUAUGAAUGCAUUCAAUGGUAUUUCGAGGAAAAUACGAAAGGAAUUCAAAGAAAUUGGAAAUUUAGUAAAUUACAGUAAAUCCACUUGCCUCACUAAACACUGCGUAAAAGUCGUACGUAUGCCAAAUCAUGUUAUCAGAAUGUGUUAUCGAAUGCUAAAUCGUCACUGAGAACAACAGACCGAAUAUAUUUGUAGACAUACACUAUAAAAACUGUGAAGUGCAAUUAAUUGGCUCUUUAUAGUGAUCGAUGUAUUGAGUCGAAACAUGUCCAUCACUAUUAAAUUAAUUCACUAUAAAAUUAUGUUGCACAACUCUUGGUUAUGCUAACAUUUGACAGGCAGGUAUAUAGCUGGUGAAAUUUUUUAUGUAAAAAAAUGCAUAUAUAAGUGGAUUUUGUAUCCCAACAAUUUCCUGUAUUUCAGAGAAAAUUGGAAGAGUCUUGCCUGUUGGAACAAUCCACCAAAGGCAUUGCAUCUAAGCCUAGGUGCUCACAGCUCAACUUUAAUUUGUCAUUGGGCUAUUACAUAAAAGUAAAAACCAAAGCCCCCUGUCGAGACCUCUGCUUUUGGGGGGAAUUUUUUUCCCCUCUGCUUUGGGGGAUUGUUACCCCUACUGGUAUGCAAAAGAAAUCUGUGUAAUUGACUCUUCUGGAAAAGACUUGAAAACCGCAUUUUUCUCUUAUUUUCUUUGAUUACCCCUUAGUAAUCAAGGUCCUCACAAGUGCUGCGGGUGUUAAAUGUAAUAGGGCCCAUGAAAACAUGCUGUUUAUAGUACGUGUGGAUUGGUAUUAUAACGGUCGGCAAUCUGCUGUUGAAUAAACAGAAACACUAAUGACAGAUUAAUUUUAUUCUGCAAGUACAUUUUGACUGAUCAAAUAAAUUUAAAAUAUGGUAUAUUAUUCGAUCUUUCAUUGAAGCUUUCAUUGAAGCUUUCAUUGGUCAGGAUACAACUACCUGAAAAAUAUAAGGAGAAUUUCCAUGUUUUGAGCAAAGGCUCUUCGCCUGGAGUUCAAAGUUCACAAUUUGAAAUCUUUCAGCACUAUCCAGUGGGAUACAAGAAAUUUGAAAUCUAGCGUCCACCGCGAAAAUCUGUAUCCCACGUUUGCCUAGUAAUAUUCAAAGUUGGUGAAAUUUCUAUGUAAUAUGAAUUACAAAAAUUAUGACUUUUCAGGCGUGGAAAAAAAUGACCAAAAUCUUUCAAAAGUGUUCAAAUAUGACACUGGUCUAAAUGCCAAGGGUCCCACUCAAUUUCCGAAAUCAGCGGACAGUAGGAAAGCUGUGACAGACACUCAACCACAACGAUCGUUGCCACAACAACUCGCAAGCCAUCCUGGCUUUACCCAGGAUAUAUCUGCAGCCAAAGACUUUCUACAAAGCUAUGCCAACAUGCAACAGCCAAUGUUUGCCACGUCUGGUUAUGCGAAUGGUGGCUCGGCAUUCACCGGACCAAUGAUCCCACCGAUGCUGGUACAGCAACCAAUGCAAAUGCCAGCGAAUUUACCAGGAAUGUACCAGACUGGAUUUAUGUACCAGGCGUUACCAGAGCUGAAAUCAAGUUACCCCAAAUCACAUUAUUUUCCACCCUUCACAAAGGGUUCGCUUAUCAUGCUCUCUGCUGGUGGAUUAAAGCCCAUAGAAGACCUCAAAACUGCAGACUUCAUCGAAAGUGCAGAAGUAUCGAAGCAGCUUAGUUUGGAGACUUGCAAGAUUGCUAAAAUACAGGAUGUACCAAAUAGCGCAAUUACACUCAUUGGAUUUGCUGUGGAAAAUUAUGAAAAAGAGGUAAAUAUGUGAUGAUGAUGAUUUAUUUGAAAAUAUGUUGCUUAUAAUUUUUGUUGAAGGGUUUUUUGUAUAUUGAUCGAAAUUUCAAGUGAUUUCUGGCCCCCAGAAUAUUUUACUUCUAAAGGGCCAGAAGAGAAAGAUUACAGAACAUUGCAACAAAUCUUGCAUGGUUCUUCGAGUCCUGUUUAUACCUUGCCCAUUUAGGGUCUAUAUUCUAUUAAUAGUUUGAUUGAAUAUUUUAUAUGUUUUCUUUGUAAUAAUGAUUAAUUGACCCUAAUAAAGAUGAUAAUAAUAAUAAAAAAAUAUAUAUAAAUGAAAAAAAAUAGCAAGAAAUAGUGAUGAGCCGAUUAAUCAGAAAAUAAUUGAUAAUUGGCAUAAUCAAUAAUGUUCGAUUGUUGCACGAUAAUCAGUAAAAUAAUCUACUGUUAGAAUUAGAUUAACAUUAACUUCCACAUCCUGAAUUUGAAUUUAUCAUUAUUUAGCCUAAAUUUAACAUUUCAAACUCUAGAUUAACAAAGUAAAGGUUUGGUGAUUGUUGCAACUACAGUAUGUUCUAACUUAGAUAGAAUACAUGAUAGUGUUGGAAAAGCAUUAAGAACAGUGAACCAAGGUUGUGUGACUGUUAACUCUCAUGCACUCCCAUCCUCGUUUGAUCCAGCCUUUUUGUUAAAUUUGUCAUUCUGCUGUUAUCUUUAACAUCUGAAGUUAUGGUUUGAUUCAUAAAACAUUUUGAAAACUUAGUUGCUCAUCAAUAUGCUAGUACUUACAACCUAACUUUUUAACAAAAGUAUUUUGGAGUCAUCUCCUUUUUUGUUUAACUAAAACUUCGGUGAAUACUUUACAGUUGAUUAUAAAACUUUUUUCUGUUGUUUAAGGAGGGAAAAUGCUGGACUAUAAUGACUGGCAACAUAAUGAUUUGAUAAUGUAGGCAGAUGGCGAUUAAUCGGCCAAUUAUUUGGUAUAAUUGAUCCUCAAAUAGUCUGUCUCAGUAUAAUCAGCAAUUUUUGUGAUCGGCAGGCCUUAAAAUAUCGGUUGGUCAUGGAUAUUGUCCAACCUAUUGUGAAAUUGUCCGAAGUAGAGAGGAAACCACUGGACAUAUUCUGUCCAAUUUAAGUGAAACUGAGGUUUAUUGUUUUCCGACCCGAGUAAAUUGCCAGUGUCCGACCUGACUGUAACUUUAUCCGACGUGAAUCAAAAUGUCCAGGACUAGAACCUUGUAUGUUAAAAGGAGAAUCAGAGUAAUGUGUGAAAAGUGAACUGGAAAUUAAUUGUACUCAAGUGCGAUUCGUUUUCACCGUGGGGUUCGGAAAUUCAUUGCCAAGAUUCAAAUGACUUUUCCGAGUUUUGCUGAUAUUAAUUUGUCUCUGCAUGCAUUGCAUAUUAUUUCCAAGCCAAACUGAACUCAAAGUUAUCGGACACCCAUCAGACAUCACAAUACAUAUCUCCGACCCAAAACUCAAAGUCAUCGAAAAUUUUGUCAGGCGGUUCUCUGACCUAUAUUGUAAGGCCUGUCGGCUCAUCUCUAACAAAAAAAAACAUAGGCAAUGAUCUGUAGAUAGUGAGAUGAAAAAUUGAUGACGUCAACUCGGAUCGGAGAUUAUGGUCUGCUUUACCUUUGUGUUUCCCUCUUGACAGACUAAAUCGCGUGGUAGUAUAGGAAGAGUGAAAUAAUAGAGUAGGGUACAUUGCUGCUGAAUAACAUUUUAAAAUGUUUCAUGGUGUUUAGGUGUUGGUAGAAAAGCCAUCGGAUCAUCCGUUCUUUGUUUACAAUCAAGGAUGGGCGUCGUGCAAGCCUGAUGCAACUUUGGUACAGUAUGGUUUGCCAUGCCAACAGCUGAAGCUUGGUGACGUGUGCGUUUUUCUUUCCGACAGAAUAGACAAUAGAUCAGAUACGUUAACGGGUCUUGAUGGAAAAGCUACCGUCGAUGAUGGAGUUGGGAGAAAACAACCCAGUUUUGGCGACGCCAACAAAUUUUUGACAUCGCAAGCUGCCAACGGGAAAGAGUUGUUAUCCCGAGAUGGACAACAGAAUGGAAGUAAAACUGCAAGUGAAAAAGGUUACAAGACAGGUUCGCCGUUUGAUAAUGUUGAAAAAUUAGAUGAUAACUCAUUCGGGCAACCUGUGGUGAAGAAAGCCAAGCUAGAUGGUAUGGCUAGUAAAACUAUUCAAGACGCUGUUACAAAUUAA